AUGGAAGCUUCAGAGAACCAGGUUCGCGAUGCCGCAGAGCCAGAGCCGCCACCGCACGACAGAGCGCCAGAUGCUGACCGCGCACCUCAACAGCCCUCGCGGCCCUCGAAGAUCAGUCGCCUGCCCGGGCCGACGACGACAGUCCAUGGCGCAGGGCUGACCGAAUGGAGCGAUUCGCAGCAGAAUGCUCGAUCCCAGUCCUCGAUCCCCGCGCCGCCCUCAACGCGGGGGCUGAAGCGCGAGCUCCCGCAGUCCGCCGUUCAAUCUGAGUCCAAGCGAAGGCCCCUCGCCGAGCGCGCGCUCGACUAUCCGUCCAAGAUUUCGACCCCCGGUCCUCGAAUACCCCGAUCCGCGGUCAAGGGCCAGACCUUGGCCAGUAUCUCCCAGCUUAAACAACCCCGACCCGUCUCCUCCGUCUUCAGCUCCUCGGUCAGCAGCAGCUUCGCAAAGAGCUUUGGCCCCGAACGAACCGGCGCCGCAGAGAAGCCAUCCAUCUCCAGACCAGUCACCCGAGCCAGCCACGCGAGAUCGAAAAGCCAGGCGGCGUCACGGCCCCGUACGGCACAGGGCUCUCGGGAGGAGGAGGAGGGCCAAGAUGAGGCGGAAAACAAUGCCUUUGAUGUCGAUGGUCGAGUCGGCGACAUUGAGUCGCAGUUUAAAGAACUGAAAGCCAUGGUGGACACCACGCUGCUUGACAGGAAAGGCAUGGACGAUGCCCUGGAACUGGCCAAGAAACGAGUGUCCGAACUGGAAAGCGACAAGUCAAGGUUGGAGAGCAAGGCCGAAGUAUUACGAUCAGAUCUCGAUGCUUCCAGGGAUGAAGGGCGCAAGUUGAAGCAUGAUUUAGAGAAGCUUGAAUGGGACCACUCACGGCAGAUUGACGAUCUCACCAGAAAGCACCAGGCCGAAAUAGACGAUCUCUCACGGAAACACCGCACAGCAAUGGACGAUCUGACCCGCGAGCUCGAGCGAUUAAAGACUCAGGAAGCGAACGAGCAUCAGCAGCAGAUGGAAGCUCUGAUACGGCGGCAUCAGCAGGAGUUGGAGGAUGAACAGAAGAAGCGAGAACAAGAGAUUCAACUGUUACGAAGCCAGAUGGGCAACGACAAGCAGGAGGUGGAGGUUGUUCUGCAAAGGAAGGACCGAGAGCUGCAGGAAAUCCGCUCAGUGGCAGAGGAACUACGGUCGAAUGUUCAGCGUGAGAGGGCUCUUACCGGCAGCCUGCAAACGAGCAUAUCCGAGCUCUCGGCCUCAAACACGACACUGGAAGCAAAGAUCAACUCUCUACGGUCACAGGUCGAGUUUCUGGAAUCCGACACCAAGGCGCAAUCCAACGCAUUCACGGCAAUGGAAACCAGACUCCAAGAUGCGCUCCGAAUCGCCGAGGACGCACGGCAAAAGCUCAUCAAGGAGGAAACCGAGCGCCGUGUCCUCUUCAACAAGUACCAGGAGCUCAAGGGAAAUAUUCGUGUUAUGUGCCGAGUACGACCGCCUCUUGGAAACGGCGAGGGCCAGGUGGCCCAGCUGUCCUAUCCCGACGACAAGACCUCGACCGAGAUUAUGGUGGCCGGACCAGAAGAAAAGUCGAGCCUUGGGAUUGUGCAGAGGAAAAAUUAUCCGUUCGAGUUUGACCGAGUGUUUACGCCCGAGAUCCAAAACAGCGAGAUCUUUGACGAGAUUUCCCAGCUGGUGCAAAGCGCGCUCGACGGCUACAACGUGUGUAUCUUUUGUUACGGCCAAACAGGGUCAGGAAAGACGUACACCAUGUCAUCACCGGAUGGCAUGAUUCCCAGAGCUACACAUAUGAUUUACGACACGGUGACUCAGCUCAAGGAAAAGUCUUGGGAGUACACGAUGGAAGGCUCCUUUGUUGAGGUGUACAAUGAGGAGCUCAACGACCUCCUGACUCCCAGUGAGCGCACCGCAGAAGGACGGCUGAUGAAGAAAUUGGAGAUACGGCAUGAUGAAGCCCGGAAGCAGACUUCAAUCCUAGGCUGCAAGUCUGUCCGGCUCAACUCUGCCGAUACUGUGGAGAUGAUGCUGGAGGAAGCGCAGAGGAAUCGGUCCGUGGCGGCCACCAAGGCCAACGAACGAUCAUCUCGAUCUCACAGCGUCUUCAUUCUAAAGCUCAUUGGCGAAAACUCGGCAACGGGUGAGCGGUGCGAGGGCACUCUGAAUCUGGUCGACCUGGCGGGAUCGGAGCGUCUGAAGCACUCGCAGGUCGAGGGCGACAGGAUGAAGGAGACGCAGAACAUCAACAGGAGCCUGAGCUGUCUCGGAGACGUGAUUGAAGCACUGGGCAGGGGCUCGGGCCAUAUUCCGUAUCGAAACUCGAAGCUGACGCACCUGCUGCAAUACAGCCUGGGCGGAAACAGCAAGACGCUCAUGUUUGUCAUGGUGUCGCCAUUGGAGACGCAUCUGAAGGAGACUCUGACAAGCUUGAGAUUUGCUACAAAGGUGAGCUCUGCGAAUCUUCUUUGA